AUGGCAUCUGAAGGAGAAUCGGGUACAUCUACUCCCAACUCGCGCUUCACCACUCAGGCGAAAUCGGCCGACGACAUUCUUUCGGCGCAGACUGUGGGACUUGUCCAUCUCGACGACUUUAGGAAACGACGAGCAGAUGCCAUAGAUGCAAAGGAACGAGAAGCACUCGAGUCGGGACGUGCCACUCCUGGUAGUGCAACCGACAGCCCUGACCCGACGUUCAAGCCUUCCAAGAAGAAACGCAAGACAGUCAAGAAGGGCGCCCUGUCGUUCGGCGAUGACGGCGACCAUGACAGCCAGGAUCAGAGCACAUCGCUAAAGUCUCGUUCCAUCACACCUGCAGCCACGAAAGAGGAAAGCACACAAGACGAUGAACACAUGGCACCCAUCAAGAAGCGCCUUGCUGCCAACGACAAUGUCGGCUUCAUGGCCAAGUCCAUGUCCAAGUCAGCCCUCCUGCGUGAGGCACAGACACGGGAACAGCUUCGCAAAGAGUUUCUCGUCAUGCAGGAAGCAGUCAAGCAGACGGAAUUCCUGCUGCCGUUCGUCUUCUACGACGGCACGAACAUCCCUGGUGGUCAAUGCCGCAUGAAGAAAGGGGACAUGGUCUGGCUCUUCCUCGAUCGCGCGAGAAAGGUUGGUGCCGAAGUUGGUGGCAGCGACAAGGCUCGACGUGAAUGGGCCCGUGUUGGCGUCGAUGACUUGAUGCUUGUCAAGGGCGACAUCAUCGUCCCUCAUCAUUAUGAGUUCUACUAUUUCAUGGUCAACAAGACCGACGGCUACAGUGGACCCCUGUUUCCUCACUCUGCCGAACCAACGGCAACGACUCCCGUCGACACGACGGCUCUAACCACUACAGGCGGUCUCUCCGUACCGACGGCACCAUCUAAGAUGCCUAAGGUACACACGCUGUCACCCGUCGUUCCUGAUGCAGACCUCGAAGGUUUCGGCACGGACCCAAACUCGACAAAGGUCGUCGAUCGACGUUGGUACGAGAAGAACAAGCACAUCUUUCCCGCCAGUACAUGGGAGGACUUCGACCCGACGAAGGACUAUACCAAUCAUGUGCGCAAGGAUGUGAACGGUAACGCUUUCUUCUUUUCGUCAUGA